GUAAAAUUAAUCCGUUCGAAGAGAAUUGAUGGACCGGGGAUUUAAGACCAAAAAGAUACUGGGCAGAAGCAGCGAGGUGGAGGCCAGCGAGGCCAUUCAUUUGGGAAGGAGUGUGGCCUUAUCUCUCCACUGAACUCUUCUGCACGCCGCCUGAAAUAAAUAUCUCAAAUUCCCUUAGCCUAUCUUCUUCUACUAAACCAGCAGAAAGUUGCAACAAAAAAUGGCAUCCUUCCUAGGAGUAUCCUCGUACAUACACCACUCCCCGUCUCUGGAGGUUUCCUCUUCCGGCUGUAAUAGAAGGAUAACACCCACUACAGCAACUUCUUACUUCUCCUUACCCUCCACCAAUAAGUCUCAGUUCAAUGCCCUCGUAGUGGCUGGAAGGCCAUUGCUCGGCUUCAAGCACUCUUUUGUUUCUCGCGCUAUCGCCACCCCCAAUUCCGUGCUCAGCGAACAGGCCUUCAAGGGUCUUUCUCUCCACCAGGACCAAGACGACCAGGACGUCUAUGACUCUCGAGGGGAGACUAAAGCUGAGGCUGAGACUUCCUCCAACCACCAGGACGAACUUGACAUUUCCAAGUUGGGUUUGCCAGAGCGCCUUGUCGAUUCCCUACUCAAACGGGGCAUUACUCACCUUUUCCCAAUUCAGAGAGCUGUGUUCGUACCGGCACUGCAAGGUCGAGACAUCAUUGCUCGUGCAAAGACUGGCACUGGGAAGACAUUAGCCUUUGGAAUCCCCAUAAUUAAACGGCUUACUGAAGAUGCUACCCAACACACAAGUCCACGGCGGAUGUCUGGUCGGCUUCCCAGAGUUUUGGUACUGGCUCCUACUCGAGAGUUGGCUAAGCAAGUGGAGAAAGAAAUUAAAGACUCUGCAUCUUAUUUGAACACUGUUUGUGUUUAUGGAGGGGUUUCUUAUAAUACACAGCGAAAUGCUCUUUCGCGUGGGGUUGAUGUAGUGGUUGGGACUCCUGGUCGAAUCAUUGACCUCAUAGAAAGUAAUGACCUCAAAUUGGGGGAAGUUGAAUAUCUGGUCCUUGAUGAAGCUGAUCAGAUGCUUGCAGUUGGAUUUGAGGAGGAUGUUGAAGAAAUUUUAGAAAAUCUUCCAUCGAAGAGGCAGAGCAUGCUUUUCUCUGCAACCAUUCCUUCUUGGGUUAAAAAGUUGGCAAGAAAAUACUUGGACAAUCCUCUGAAUAUUGACUUGGUUGGAGACCAAGAUGAAAAGCUUGCUGAAGGGAUCAAACUUUAUGCGAUAUCAACCACUGCAACUUCAAAGGGGACCAUUCUUAGUGAUCUCAUAACUGUUUAUGCGAAGGGUGGGAAAACCAUUGUUUUUACACAAACAAAGCGAGAAGCUGAUGAUGUGUCUAUCAGUUUAACAAAUAGCAUAGCUUCUGAGGCAUUGCAUGGCGAUAUAUCCCAACAUCAGAGGGAGAGAACAUUGAAUGGAUUUCGGCAAGGAAAAUUUACUGUGCUUGUUGCUACUGAUGUUGCGUCUCGUGGACUUGAUAUUCCAAAUGUUGAUCUAGUUAUCCACUAUGAUCUUCCCAAUGAUGCGGAGACUUUUGUGCAUCGCUCUGGACGAACUGGACGGGCAGGGAAGGAAGGUUCUGCAAUUUUGAUGUAUACUAAUAGCCAAAGGAGAACUGUCAGAUCCCUUGAACGUGAUGUUGGGUGUAAGUUUGAGUUCAUUACUCCUCCAGCUAUUGAAGAAGUUUUGGAGUCAUCAGCUGAGCAAAUUGUUGCUACUCUUAAUGGAGUUCAUCCUGAGUCUAUAGAGUUCUUUACCCCAACUGCUCAAAGGCUUAUUGAAGAACAAGGGACAAGUGCUCUUGCUGCAGCACUAGCACACCUAAGUGGAUUUUCCCAUCCCCCCUCAUCCCGUUCACUUAUUAGCCAUGAGCAGGGAUUGGUAACAAUGCAAUUGACAAGAGAUUCAUCUUAUUCUAGAGGGUUCCUGUCUGCUAGAUCUGUCACUGGGUUUCUUUCUGAUGUUUACCCUAUCGCUGCUGAUGAAGUUGGGAAAAUAUAUCUAAUUGCAGAUGAGAGGGUUCAAGGAGCAGUGUUUGAUCUCCCCGAGGAGAUUGCAAAAGAGUUGCUGAAUAAGCCAACACCACCUGGAAACAGCAUCUCAAAGAUCACAAAGUUGCCUCCUUUGCAAGAUGAUGGCCCUUCAGGUGAUUAUUAUGGCAAAUUUUCUAGCAGGAAUCGCUAUACGCAUGGAACUUCUAAGGAUCGGAGAGGUCUUAGGGCCUCCAGGGAUUGGAGCAGUGGCCGAGACUCUGGUGAUGAAGUCCGAGGUGGAAGAAGUAGCUGGUCUCGGACUUCAAAAAGCAGUAGGGAUGACUGGCUAAUUGGCAGUAGCAGAUCAAAAAGGUCUUCCUCCCAAGACAGAGGCUUUGGAGGUUCCUGUUUCACCUGUGGGCGUCCUGGGCAUAGGGCCUCUGACUGCCCUGACAAGUUUGACUUUUAGCAUGUUGCUUUAAGUAUCAGUCUUCCGCACUAACCUGGACGAUCUUGGAACUAAGCUGCUAUUAGGCAGUUGCUUUUUGGCAGACAUUGGCAUUAAGUUGGUCAAAGAGGGAGACUCUCGCCUGCGUUGCAAAUAUUGAAGUUAUCGUCGUAUGCCUUUCUCUGUCACUGUUGCCAUAAAAUUUGCAGUCCGCUGAUAUCAAAUUGGAGAAAAUGUUACAUGAAACUAUUCUAAAUAGAAGUUAAAUUCUAUGAAACAUUAUCAUUUGAAACCAGAAAUGUUAUCUGCCCGAUUUGUGGUAGCAUUUUUUUUUCUUUUUUAUUUUAAAGUGGCAAAGAAGGUAUGAUUUUAGUAUAAAA